AGGUAAUAGGGUAGACCGGGGACAAUUGAAACACGUUAUGAUUGAAACAAGUCAAAUUUCUCGAUAACUAUAAUACCUACGCGUCUGACGCAAUACUCGGAACACGCGGUCGGCCAUGUUUGAAUCCUCGGCCAGUAGCGCUCAAGCGCCGGUGCGAGACGGGAGUGUCCACGAGCCAAGCCAGUUUUUCGCGGUAAAAAAUGCCCCGAAAACGGAAACAUCUCACGGAGCGAACCUCAAAAAGCCUGUUUGCCUAUCAACAGGCUUAUGAGGAAGUAAUCUCGGGGAAGUCCUUAAGAAAAGCGGCCCAAAUGUUUGAUUUAGAUCAUGUCUCGCUGGCAAGAUACAAAAAAAAAAGAGAAGCAGCAUCAGAUAUACCUAUAGAAGAUAUAAAAAUGGGUUAUAAUUCUGCAAAAAAAGUGUUUUCUACUGCUCAAGAAGAGGAGAUUGCAGGGUAUGCAAUAAAAUCAGCCGAUAUUUACUUCGGACUGUCUACCAAAGAUUUGAGGAAACUGGCAUAUGACCUAACAAUAAAGUACAACCUGGCAAGACCAGCUUCUUGGGAUACAAAUGAGACUGCUGGAGUAGAGUGGCUCAGGGGCUUCUUAGACCGCCACCCACAAUUAUCUGUUAGGUGUGCUCAAGCCACGAGCUUGGCUCGAGCCACAAAUUUUAAUAAGCACAAUGUCAAUGAAUUUUUUAAUAAUUUGGAGAAUGUUCUUGACCGUGAUAAAUUUGAAGCCAAAGACAUUUACAAUGUAGACGAAACCGGAGUAACGACAGUUCAGAAACCCAAUCGGAUUAUUGCCAAGAGAGGCAUGCGACAAGUCGGUGCAUUAACGUCAGCUGAACGUGGUUGUUUGGUUACAGUGACUGUAGUGGUUAAUGCAAUUGGUAAUGUACUACCGCCAAUGUUUACGUUUCCACGAGUCAAUUACCAAGAUCAUUUUAUCAGUGGUGCGCCAAUUGGUAGUAUCGGAACUGCAAACAAAUCUGGAUGGAUGCAGGAAGACGAUUUUUUCGUAUUCCUACAACACUUUCAACGGCAUACAAAUAGCUCAUUGCAGCACAAAGUGCUAUUGCUUCUCGACAAUCAUUCAUCACAUGUGUCGAUCAAGUGUAUUGACUAUUGUCGGGAAAACGGCAUCGUGAUGUUAUCAUACCCACCGCACUGUAGCCAUAAACUGCAGCCAUUAGACCGCUCCGUAUUCGGUCCUUUCAAAAAAGCAGUCAAUACAGCGUGUGAUGCUUGGAUACGAAACAACCCUGGAAGGGUCAUGACCAUCUAUAAUAUCCCAAGUAUAGUCGCUACUGCUUUACCUCAGGCUGCAACUCUAUCUAAUGUUCAAGCCGGGUUUAGAAACUCGGGCAUUUGUCCCUUUAAUAGAGAAAUAUUUGGUGAAUUGGAUUUUGCACCCUCGUACGUCACAGACAGGCCUGAUCCGAACGAUUUGCGCGUAACAAAUAACAGUUAUCAAACCGUACCUCACGAUUCAGGCACUCCACAGGCAAGUACUUCUGCCAUGCUGAACUCAAGGUUGCAAACUACUCCUUUAAUUCCAGAACCACAAUCUGCUGCAGAACUGGAUGCCACCGCUGAUACCGCUUAUCUGAGAAUUUCAAUACCUUCUCCGCUAAGUGAGGAACUUGCUGUACCUACAUCGGAUAUUGAGAAUAACUUGCUAGCUCUGCCUCUGUCUCCAGCAACACCAAAACCUCACGAUUCAGGCACUCCACAGGCAAGUACUUCUGCCAUGCUGAACUCAAGGUUGCAAACUACUCCUUUAAUUCCAGAACCACAAUCUGCUGCAGAACUGGAUGCCACCGCUGAUACCGCUUAUCUGAGAAUUUCAAUACCUUCUCCGCUAAGUGAGGAACUUGCUGUACCUACAUCGGAUAUUGAGAAUAACUUGCUAGCUCUGCCUCUGUCUCCAGCAACACCAAAACCUCUGAUUUCUCCAGAACGCCUUUCAAUUCUUUCCCUUAUAACUCUGAACUCAUAUUUCGCUGCAGACCAUGAAACCGAUGCUUCACAAGAUUUAGUCACCUCGCCGUCACGGCCAAAUCAUACUACAAGUCUUGAACCUGUACCUGUACUUGUACCAGUAACUGACCUUCAACCUGCUUUAAGAAAAUCAUUGACCUCGAAAAACAUUUCUGUUGCGUUUAAAGAGGUUGUUUCCUUACCUCUUUCAAAUAACUCGGUGAGCCAACAGCCAAGUUUUACAACAGAACCUGACCCUCUGGCGAUUCCUGGACCUUCGACAAAUACAUUUUUGCCGGAGUCCGUAAGGCCAUUCCCUAAAGCACCACCUAGAAUAACAACAAGGAAUAUAAUGAAGAGAAAAUCUACUGUAUAUACAGAUACUCCGGAAAAGGAGAAUAUAAGAAUUAGAACAGAAGAAAGCGAAAGAAAGAAAAAUGCUGCCAAAGUAAAAGUGAACAAGAAUAUGGAAAAUAAAAAUAAAACUACUACCAAAAAAAACACAAAGGAAAAGACUAAAACCAAAAGAAACACAAAGGAAAAAACUACAACCAAAAGAAACACAAAGGAAAAAACUACAACCAAAAGAAACACAAAAGCUAAAAAGAAACCACUUAAAAAUAAAAAUAGGACAUAUUCAAGUUCGGAAGAUGAAGAGGAAGUAAUUUUUGAUAAAAACGACGACGAGUCGGUAUCAGAUGUGUCGGACGAUAUACAGCUUGAUUCAUCUAGUUGCGAGUCUGAAAAUGAGACUGGACAAUCAUCGCUUCAAAAAGAAGACUGGGCAAUUAUUAAUUUAACAUCCAUGAAAAAUCUUGUGCAUCGUUAUGUCGGGCAAAUACAAACUAUUACCAAACAUGGCUACGUAGUAAAAUUUUGCAAAAAAAUUGAUGACCACCAUUUUAAAUGGCCAGUGAAGGAAGAUAUAGCUGAAAUUAAUAACUAUCAAGUGGUUAAAAAAAUUAAUCCACCCGAAGUUAAAUCUAAAAGCCGACGUGCUAUCGUUUUUGCAUUUAAGAAGUCAUUGCGAAAGUUUAAAAUUGAAUAAAAUAAUAUUGCACUGACAAAGCUGAUUUAGUGAUUAUUGUAAAUCACUAUCUCAAGACUGAUUAGUAAUUGUUAAUGCUAUGCAAGACUGAUAUUUUUUCAUUAAGUUUAUGAAUAACAAAUACAUAAUAAUAAUUAUAAGUAUACGAGUACAUAAGCUUCGUACAUAAAACUUAAAGUAAAUAAAAUUUAAAAACGUUGAUAUUAAACGUUGUAAAUCACUAUCUCAAGACUGAUUAGUAAUUGUUAAUGCUAUGCAAGACUGAUAUUUUUUCAUUAAGUUUAUGAAUAACAAAUACAUAAUAAU